ACACGGUCAUGGCGGUGCAGUAGGCGGCACGUUCUAUGUGUUUACCUUGAGAAUGCAUGGACAUGCGGGGUGCGCCUCCUCCAGCAGCGUGGAGGGAAAGGGGCACCGUGCGGGGGAGCCGUGCUGUCUGGGGACAUCUGCGGGAGUCCGGGAGACCGUGGAAGAAAUGGACUUCCAAAGAGGUAUUUGGUCGGCAGCUCUAGAUGGUGACUUUGACCGGGUCGGUAACUUUAUUGCGAAAGGAACAGACCCCAAUCUGCCCGACAGAUUUGGAUACACAGCCCUGCAUUACGGCAGCCGGCAUGGUAAGCUGUCGGUGUGCCGUCUGCUGCUGGAUAGCGGGGCGGACAGCAACGCGCAGACUCAUGGCGGCAGCACGGCGCUGCACCGUGCAGCCUACUCCGGACACAUCAUGGUGGCCGAGCUACUCCUGGAGCGGGGAGCUGAUCCAGCCAAGACUGAUUCAGAUGGAAGGACAGCUCUUCACAAGGCAGCUGAAGCGGGUCGUCGGGAGCUGUGCCACCUCCUCCUAAAACACAAUAAUGGGCUCUUGGAGCUGCGGGAUUGUAGGGGCCUGACGGCAGCAGAGAUGGCCCCUCCGGGUGCAACAGACCUCUUUUGCCCAGAGCUUCAUUAAACGUAAGUGUCCUGUGACGUAG